GAAAUUGAAAUAAAUAAAUCAUAAUAUUUGUUGAAAUUAUUUGUUAUCAAAGUUAGAAUACGUAUAAAAACGUUAUUAAGCCUUUGUUAAAUUUUUUAUGGGCCUUAUACUAAUAGGCUACCGGGGUAAAAAGAUGUUAAACUAUCGAAGAAUCGAGAUUUUACCUUAAGUGGGCGAUAAUAGAGUGCGAUCAAAACAAAUGAAAUGAUCCAAACCCCUUCGGUGCACUAGUCUUCAUCUUCAUACUAUUUUAGCUAAUAUAGACACAGAUCCGGAGCCAGAUCCAGCCCCUAUUGGUAGUAGGCUCGAAGGAUAUUUAUUGAGCCUAGACACAGAGGAGGUAAUCUGGCAGAGGUUUCGUGAAUAGUCUAUAGACAAGUGCGCACAUUUUAUAAUGGCUUCUAAAGAUCGUAGAAAAAGGCACCACGAAGAGAAAGAUUCAGAGAGUGAUGAUGAAUAUGUACCUUAUGUUCCUUUGAAGCAAAGGCGGAAAGAACAGCUCGUCAAAUUAGGAGCAAAACUAGGUAGAGCGAAUCUGUUAAAACUUGAAGAGGAAAGGCAUGCUAGUAGUGGCAAUGAUACCCCAGGUAGCAAUCGAGGCUCUGGAGGUGGUGGGGGUGAGGAAUCUGAUAAUGAGGAUGAUGAAGACUCUCAGAUUGGUCCAAGUGCUGGUAUGAGCUUGCUUGAUCAACACAGCAAACUUAAAGAGAAAUUUGAAGCCAAGAAAGAGACUGCCAAAGAGAAGCAACUAAAGGAAGAGAUGAAGAUUCUUGAAAGUGUUGUUGAGGCUAAAGCAUUAAAAGGUGUAUCAGAGCUAGCAAAGGGGAUUGAAUACACAGACUCAAUAAAAACUGGGUGGAGACCUCCAAGAUUUAUUCUGCAAUUGCCAGAAGAGUACCAUGACAAAGUUCGUGAAAAAUAUCAAAUUCUUGCUGAAGGUGAAAAUGUGCCUCCACCAAUCAAAUCUUUCCAGUCAAUGAAGUUGCCGAAACCUGUCCUCAAUGCCCUUAAGAAAAAGGGCAUCUUAAAACCAUCUCCAAUUCAGAUGCAGGGUAUUCCAACUAUUCUCACUGGCCGUGACAUAAUAGGCAUAGCAUACACAGGAUCAGGGAAGACUCUAGUGUUUUCCCUCCCGAUACUCAUGUUCUGCAUGGAGCAGGAAAAGCGUAUGCCUUUUGUACGCAAUGAGGGGCCCUAUGGACUUAUCGUGUGUCCAUCUCGUGAGUUAGCAAGACAGACCAAUGAUUUCCUUCAGUUCAUGUUCACCCAGUGCAGUCAGGAAGGCAUGCCAUCCUUGAGGAGCAUGCUAUGUAUUGGUGGACAGCCUGUCAAGGAACAACUAGAUGUUGUUAAGAGAGGAGUACAUAUCAUGAUAGCUACACCAGGUAGGCUGAUGGAUAUGUUGAACAAGAAAAUGUUGAACUUGGACGUUUGUCGCUACUUGUGCCUUGAUGAAGCUGACAGAAUGAUAGACAUGGGCUUUGAGGAGGAUGUCAGAACUAUAUUCUCAUAUUUUAAGGGUCAGAGACAGACAUUGCUAUUCUCAGCAACAAUGCCUAAGAAGAUUCAAAAUUUUGCACGAUCUGCUUUGGUGCGUCCUGUCACAAUAAACGUUGGGCGUGCAGGAGCUGCCAGUUUAGACGUCACACAGGAAGUGGAAUAUGUAAAAACGGAGGCCAAGGUAGUCCACAUAUUAGACUGCCUGCAGAAAACAGCACCACCUGUGUUGAUUUUUGCUGAGAAGAAACAAGAUGUAGAUGCUAUACACGAGUACCUGUUGUUGAAGGGUGUAGAAGCUGUAGCAAUACAUGGAGGAAAAGAUCAAGAAGACCGUGUACGUUCCAUAGAUCAGUUCAGGUCAAAAGCUAAAGAUGUCCUUGUGGCUACAGAUGUGGCAUCAAAAGGGUUGGAUUUUGCAGAAAUCAAACAUGUCAUUAACUAUGACAUGCCAGAAGAUAUUGAAAAUUAUGUUCAUCGUAUUGGUCGUACAGGUCGCCAGGGUAAACAUGGGAUAGCUACUACAUUCAUCAACAAAGCAAUAGAUGAAUCAAUACUACUCGACUUGAAACAUCUAUUGAUAGAAGCCAAACAAAAUGUCCCACCAUUCCUGAUGCAACUUGAGUCAGAGAAUGAGAAGUAUUUGAACAUUGGAGGGGAGGUUGGAUGUUCCUAUUGUGGUGGUUUGGGCCACAGGAUAACUGACUGCCCCAAACUAGAGGCCAUGAGAAGUAAAGAAGCAGCUGGUAUUGGCCGCAAGGAUUACCUCGCAAAUAGCUCAGCAGAUUGGUAGCCAUCCUGGUUUGCCUUGUUGGCAGCUUUAGAUUGUGUGUUAAAAUGUCAGGAUUAUUGGUAGCCAUUUUGAAUUGUCAAUGGCCAUUUUAGAUUAUGGAGAUUAUUUAGAUUAUCUUGGAUAAUUGUAAACAAUCACAGAAGUGUUAUAUUAUCUGAGUUAUGAUUGGUUGAAAAGGUUGUUUAAAAUCCUAACAGUUUGCCUGCUCAACCUAAAUGGACUCAGUUGUCAUGGGAUAACUAGCUGUUCCAUAGAAUGUUCAUCUGUAAAGUAUGCUAGAAUAUCCACAGACCAGUGCUUGUGAUGAACCUUAAUCCUUGCAUUUAAGUCAUAUACUGAAGGACAUUGGCACCAAUUUUUGUCGGCUGGGAAAAAUAGAUAAAAUGUUAAGCAUAAAUCAUACCACAUCAAAUAAUAAAUAUCAUUGCGAUAUUUAUGGAAAGCUUAUUGAUCUUGAUUUUUACAUAAAGCUCUUCAUAUAUCACCCUCAUUAAUGUAUAAGUACAGAAUCAAUUAUGUUUAAUUUUGAUGUUUUGGUUUAUGUUAAUCCAUUUUCAUCAAAUAUGCUUUGUACAUGGUGUUCCAUAUGUUUCAGGAAUGAUGCUGUGUUUUAUUGGUUUUCUUUUCAAUCUAACU